AUGGCUGCGUGGCCUUACAGGAAUGGCUCUCUGGUCUGGUGGCCAGGCGCUCCCACGCCCGAUCCCGCCGACACGAGUGGGCUGCCAGGGGUACCGUGGGCGGCGGCACUAGCCGGGGCGCUGCUGGCGCUAGCCACGGUGGGAGGCAACCUGCUGGUCAUCGUGGCCAUCGCCCGGACGCCGAGACUCCAGACCAUGACCAACGUGUUCGUGACUUCGCUGGCCGCAGCCGACUUGGUGGUGGGACUCCUGGUUGUGCCUCCAGGGGCUACUUUGGCACUGACUGGCCACUGGCCCUUGGGCGCGACGGGUUGCGAGCUGUGGACCUCGGUCGAUGUGCUGUGCGUAACCGCCAGCAUCGAAACCCUCUGCGCCCUGGCGGUGGACCGCUAUCUGGCUGUCACCAACCCGCUGCGCUACGGCGCCCUGGUUACCAAACGCCGCGCCCGGGCGGCCGUGGUCCUGGUGUGGAUCGUGUCGGCCGCGGUGUCGUUCGCGCCCAUCAUGAGCCAGUGGUGGCGCGUGGGAGCCGACGCCGAGGCGCAGCGAUGCCAUUCCAACCCGGGCUGCUGUUCCUUCGCCUCCAACAUGCCCUACGCGCUGCUCUCCUCCUCCGUGUCCUUCUACCUGCCGCUGCUCGUCAUGCUCUUCGUCUACGCGCGGGUCUUCAUCGUGGCUAAGCGUCAGUUGCGCCUGCUGCGCCGGGAGCGGGGCCGCUUCCCUCCCGAGGAAUCCCGGUCCGCCCCGUCCUCCCCGCGCUCCCCGUCCGCCUCGCCGCGCUCACCGUCCUGCUCGCGGCGGCCCGCGCGCCUCCUGCCGCUCCGCGAGCACCGCGCCCUGCGCACCUUGGGUCUCAUCAUGGGCACCUUCACUCUCUGCUGGCUGCCCUUCUUCCUCGCCAACGUGCUGCGCGCCCUCGUGGGGCCCGCUGUCGUGCCGAACCCAGUGUUCCUGGCUCUGAACUGGCUGGGCUACGCCAACUCUGCCUUCAAUCCGCUCAUCUACUGCCGCAGCCCGGACUUCCGCAACGCGUUCCGCCGACUCCUGUGCCGCGGCCGGCCGGAGGAGCCCGGCACCGCCGUCGCUUCCCCUGGCCGAGGCCCAUCGGGCACCCCUGCCGCCCUGGCCAGCCCGGCCCAGGCCAGGCAAUGCCCGCCGCUCAACAGGUUUGAUGGCUAUGGAGGUGAGAACCUACUUCCAGUGUGA